AUGACUGCAGAAGCGCAGCAGGCUCUGUCCUCUCAGCCCCCUCCUCCUCCGGUGCAGAGCAGCUACGGCCCCAUGUCCUCGGUGGCUGAGAAGCAGCCGCAGAGCUCGGCCAUGGACACCGCCUCGGCGGGGACCGGCGGGGGCGCCGGCAGCGCCCCGGGCAGCGGCGGGGCCCCGGGCAGCGCCGGCCCUAAGGCGAAGAAGACCAACGCGGGGAUCCGGCGGCCGGAGAAACCGCCUUAUUCCUACAUUGCCCUCAUCGUCAUGGCUAUCCAGAGCUCUCCCUCCAAGCGCCUGACCCUCAGCGAGAUCUACCAGUUCUUGCAGAGCCGCUUCCCUUUCUUCCGAGGCUCCUACCAGGGCUGGAAAAACUCGGUGCGCCACAACCUCUCGCUCAACGAGUGCUUCAUCAAGCUGCCCAAGGGGUUGGGACGCCCCGGCAAGGGCCACUACUGGACCAUCGACCCGGCCAGCGAGUUCAUGUUCGAGGAGGGCUCGUUCCGCCGCCGGCCCCGCGGGUUCCGGAGGAAAUGCCAGGCGCUGAAGCCCAUGUACAGCAUGAUGAACGGGCUCAGCUUCAACCACCUCCCCGACAGCUACGGCUUCCAGAGCCCGGCCAGCGGGCUCUCCUGCCCCCCCAACAGCCUCUCCCUCGAAGGGGGCUUGGGAAUGAUGAACGGGCAUUUGUCCAGCAACGUGGAGGGAAUGGGCCUGGCGGGACACUCCGUGCCCCACCUGCCCGCCAACGGUGGGCACACCUACAUGGGCGGCUGCACCGGCUCCUCGGCAGGGGAAUACCCGCACCACGACAGCUCCGUGCCCGCCUCCCCGCUGCUCCCCGCCGGCGGCGUGAUGGAGCCCCACUCGGUUUACUCCAGCUCGGCUUCGGCAUGGGCACCCACCGCCUCGGCGGCCCUCAACACCGGCGCGUCCUACAUCAAGCAGCAGCCUCUCUCGCCCUGCAACCCCACGGCCAACCCGCUCUCCUCCAGCCUCUCCACGCACUCCCUCGACCAGCCCUACCUGCACCAGAACAGCCACAACACCGCCGACCUCCAAGGCAUCCCGCGGUAUCACUCCCAGUCUCCGAGCAUGUGCGACAGAAAGGAAUUCGUCUUCUCUUUCAACGCCAUGGCCUCCUCUUCCAUGCAUUCGGCGGGCAGCGGCUCCUAUUACCACCAACAAGUGACAUACCAGGACAUCAAGCCGUGCGUUAUGUGAUAUGGGGCGGAAAAAACACCUCCUGGGGCCGGCAAGGCCUGACCCGGGCGCUGAGCACCCCCCCAGGACCCUCUCGGUGGAAGUAGGGGGGGUCUUUGCAGACUGGCUUUGGGCAGGAGGAAUAGACUGGAGCCCCGGGAAGCAGCGGGGAGUGCGGCCCUGGGGCUGAGCCUGACCCGCAGCUGAGCAUCGGCGGGACCCGGCCCAGCCGGGUCUGCGAUCACAGACCGUCUCUGCCUUCUUCUGCUUGGGGAUGGGUUGAGAAGAAAGCAAAAGCAGCCCCCCCAUCACCCCCGAAACCCCAGACUGCGAGUUUGGGUGAAGGGUUUGACAAAUGAGGUUUGAUGCUUCUUUAAAAAAAAAAAAAAUUAAAUUACGAAUUCAGUUUUGGAAUUGGUGUUGAGAGAUGCCACCGGCUCGAUUGGGAGGAACAGAACCGGAUCUGGCUGGGGGCGCUGGAAAGGACCCCGACCCCAAACCCCCUUGGUCCCGUCUCGCUUCGAGCCCGGAAAAAUACUUUUUUUUUUUUUUUUUUUUUCUUCCCGGCAAACACCCAGCGGGCAAAAAUCUCUCAGAGGGAUUUUUUUUUUUUUUUUAAGCUGUUAAUUUUGUGGUUUUUUGCCUGCAUAAAGACUGCAGGAUCAGACCCUAUGCAGAGAGAAUAAGGCACUUUGGAAAGAGACAGCCAUGCUCAUCCUGUUAUUUAUUCGACAUUUUUUUUGUUGUUGUUGCUAAUAAUCGAGACACGAAUAGUCUCAGUUGAUCAGUAUUAAAUCGGGGAAUCUCUGUUGGCAAUAUUUGCCAUAUAGAUUUUUGUUUUUUAGUUAGCCUUUGUAAAUUUUAAACUGAUCGUGGUCUCUGUGUAAAGACAAUCCUCCAUAUGUUUUUAUAGAAAUAUAUAUAUAAUGAAGGAUUAUUCCCCUGCCUCUCCCUCUCUAUUUUUUUUUUUUUGCCCUGACGUUGUACAGUUCGGUGACACCUAUUUUAAUUCUUUCUGCACUGUAUAAAAUUGUAAUUAUGUGGGUUUGUUUUUUGUGUUGUUUUUUUUUUUCGCCCUGCCCUUUUGUGUACGUUUUGUUCCCAAAGGAAAAAAAAAAAAAACAAAACCGAAAUAAAACAUGUAUGUUAUUUGUACAUGGGCUUCACGAUUGUAUGAGCAGCAAAUAAACCAGCAUGCGUUGUAACAGGCGUAAUUAUAUCUGAGGAGUCCGUGGCCUCCGCGGAGCGCGGAAGGGCCGCGCAGCGCCCGACCCGGCCCCGCAAACCUUCGGGCGAUAAUUCCCCAUCUC